GUAGAAGGAUCGGUCGAAAAUGAUUAGCAUUGAUAAGAUCAAGGAAAACUUCCCCAUCCAUUGGCACGUAUGGAAUAACGAUUAUCAGGAGCUGCAGCAAGCCAUCAGCGAGAAAACGCAUGACCUAGAAAAGCUUGAUUCCCGGGGUCGAACACCGCUAAUGCUUGCGGUGAAGCUAAGCCACCUGGAGUGUGUUAAAGCCCUACUAGCCGCAAAAUGCAAUGCCAAUGUCGAAUGUGAUGGAUGGUCAGUCGUCCAGGAAGCCGUUUGCUCCGGAGAUGCCAACAUUCUGACCGCAAUCCUUGAGGUGCGUGAUUUGCAGCGCCACAUCAAGCGCGUAUCCCACGUGCCUCAGCUGCUGCAACAUCUGCAAGACACGCCGGACUUUUACAUCGAAAUGAAAUGGGAGUUCACAAGCUGGGUACCGCUGAUGUCGCGCGUCUGUCCGAGCGACACGUACAAAGUGUACAAGCGUGGUUCGAACGUGCGCAUCGACACGACACUGCUCGGCUUCGACAACAACACCUGGCAGCGGGGCAACCGUAGCUACAUCUACAAGGGCCAAUCGAAAACGGCCAGCAUGAUCGAGAUCGAUCACGACACGGGCGAAGUGUCGGUCGAGCAUAUGCGCAACAUCGAGGAGGAAAACAUCGACGGCAUACGGCCGAGCCGGGAGGCGGUGAAUCUGCGCCUGCAGGCACCGGUCAUCUGCAACCACAUCGACAUGGAGAAAAUUAGCUUCGAGCGGAACAAGUCCGGCUUCUGGGGUUGGCGCAGCGAGAAGGUUGAAUCGAUCAACGGGUACGAGUGUAAGGUGUUCGGGGCAAGCAACGUUAAGUUUAUUACGCGCACCCGCAACGAACAUCUUGGGAGUGAGCAGGCGCGUGUGAAAAAUUCGCGCACACCCCUGCAGCACUUCCUGGGCAUGACGGAGGAAGAUUACGAUCAUGCUGCGGUGGCAGGCUCGAGUACAAGUGCACUUAGGGAGCAGCAACCCAUCCUGCCGCCAUACAGCAGCGAGGACGAUCGGUCACCGGAUGGUGCGGAGGGGGAGGGUAGUGGCAGUGGGCAGGAUAUGUCAGCACCCACGGCUGAAGAGUACUUUUCCGACGUUGACCUAAACGGACGGGACGUUGGUAAGCCAAAGCGAAUCACUGCCAAAGAGCAAAUGUUUAAGGCAAACAUUUGGCUGAGCGAAGAGUUCCCGAUACGGCUGCAGGAGCAGGUAUUGCCCAUACUGGAUCUUAUGUCUACCAUGGCAAGCCCACACGUUUCCAAACUGAAGGACUUUAUAACGAUGCAACUUCCCGCAGGAUUCCCUGUUAAAAUUGAAAUUCCACUCUUCCACGUGCUGAACGCGGUCGUUACGUUUGGGAACGUAUUUGCGAUCGAGCAUCCGGUCCCGCAUGUAAGUCACAUCCGCGAGAGUGACGAUCGGGUAACGUGCGUCAUCGAUGAUGCGUGUUUCGAGGCACCGAGCGGGUACGGUGUGCGUCGUGGUAUUGCCGACUUCCGGCAGCAGCUCACGUUCGAGGAUGAGGACGAGCUAAUGCAGUUCGCCAUUCAGCAGAGUCUGGUAGAUUCGGGCAGUGAGAACGAUAAGGUUGAUAUCUGGGAAGCGUUAAAGGCACCGAGACCGCUGACUCCGCAAUACUACGAAGAUGAGCAGCUGCAGAGAGCUUUGCAAGAAUCACUGAUAACCGGAUUUCAAAGCAGUAGUAGCGCAGCGACCGGCUCAUCAGCACUACCACCCGCCCUAGCGCUCGACCAUCAAGCGGUAACGGUGGCCGCGGACGAAACCGAUACCGUGCCGGACUAUCUGGACCCAAACCUAGAGCUGGCAAUCAAGCUUAGCCAGGAGGAAGAGACACGCCGCGAAGAAGAACGGCGCCGCGAGGAGGAAAUGUUGGCCGAAGUGUUACGGCUCAGCCUGCAGGACAAAUAGGGG